AUGGCAGCCUCCAGUCCCCCGUACACACAAGGCUCACAAUACUCGCCCUACCCACCUCAACCAGGCCACGAUAUCUCGCAAGCUGGUUAUCCCCCUCAGCACACGGGCUGGCGACCAGAAUGGGGUCAAUACCACCCUUCCGUUCCUCAACAGUACACCUCACCCACCGCGUCGGUUUCUAAUCAAUCGUCCCCAACGACUGCCACUCCACGAAUAACCGAUAAGUCACGUCGAAAACGUCUUUCUCAAGACCAGCAGCACCCGUUAGCUCAACAACAGCAAGUGUAUUCGUUCGUGCCGAUUCCUGGGGCACAGCAGCACAAACGUCCAAGACGGCGUUAUGAGGAAAUAGAAAGAAUGUACAAAUGCGGCUGGAACGGUUGCGAAAAGGCUUACGGAACAUUGAACCAUCUUAACGCUCAUGUCACAAUGCAAUCUCACGGGGUCAAGAGGACGCCAGAAGAAUUUAAAGAAAUUAGGAAGGAAUGGAAACAGAGGAAAAAGGAAGAGGAGGCAGCUAAGAAACAGGAAGAGGAGCAAGCACGUCAACAGCAGCGUCAAUUGGAUGGUUUGUCAUCUAUGGACAACAAUACGCCAACGGCAUCAGGCCAAUAUAACAACGUCCCACAGCAACGUCAACUCCCACCACCUGGAUAUUCACAACCUCCGAUGCAGCCUGGUAUGCACCACUAUACGCAACAAGCAGCCGGAAACCUGGAACAGCUCCAGCGUUUCAACCCCCCUACUGCCAACAUGUAUGGCGCGUACCCCCAUGGGGCCUACGCACACGCCCCGAGUCACCAUCUAUAUCAACCAAGGCAACCGCCUGGAGCCGAGGAACCCGAUGCGGACGCGGACGCGGAUCCGGAUGUGCCUAGUGCGUCAUAUACCCAUACGUAG